CCACCCCCGCCGCCGGCCGCUCCUCCGGUGAGCGCUGGGAGGCGACAGCGAGCUCCUCCCGCCGGAUCCGUUGUGGGCAGAGCGAGCCGAGCGGAGAGACUUUUACCUUUUCUCUUUUUUUUUUUUUUUUUUCUCUUUUUCCCCCGUCGCUCCCCACCAUGCUCCGGACGCCGCCGCCCGCGGGGCAGAAGCCGCGGCUCGGCCCGUUGCCCCUCUCCUGAGGCGAUGCGGGAGGCGCCGGCGGGACGGAGUUAGCGAGACCCCCCGAGCACCAUGCGGGAAGAGAGAGAAGCGGCCGCCUCCGUCUCCCGCCGCGACCCCGGCAAGCCGCCGCCGCACCGACCGCAGCCGGACGGCUCGGGGCCGCCGCCCCCCCCGGCGCUGCCCGAGAGCCUCCGGAACGGCUACGUGCGGGGCUGCGCGACCCCGCCGCGGCGGGACCCCCCGGAGAGCUUCCCGUCCCCGCCGCUCUGCCCCGGCGCCGCCGCCGCCGCCUCCUCCCGCCGAGCGCUGCUCAGUCUGGGCGCCCUGGCCGCCGUCGCCCUCUCUCUGCUGGCCUUUCCCGGCCGGGGCAGCGCCGGCCCGCAGGACGGCGGCGGCUGGAGGAGCCCCCGGGCGUUGCACGCCUUGCUGAGCCUCUCCCGCUGCCUCAGCCCGCUCUUCAGCAUCGCCUGCGCCUUCUUCUUCCUCACCUGCCGCCUGGCCCGCGGGGAGCGCGGCGCGACGCGCUGGUGGCUGCUGGCGCUGCCCGUCUGCUGCUACUCGGGGGACUUGGUGGCGCUGCGGUGGCUGCCGCCCGCUCAGGGGCGCGGAGAGGAGCCCCUCGCCCCCGGCGAGCCGCGGCUGGAGGCGGGCAGGCUGCUGGCCGCGCUGGGCUCGGUGGCGGCGCUCACCCUGCUGCGGAGCUCCGCGGGGCUCCGCCGCAGUCUGCUCGUCCUGCUCUUCUCCGGCGCGGCGUGGCUGGUGUCGCUGACCGGCCUCCAGCCGCUGCCCCCGGCCCUCCGGCCGCUGCUGGCGGGCUCGGUGGGGGUGGCCGGUUGCCUGCUGGCUCUCUGCGGCGCCGAGCGUGGCAUCUUCCCGGAGCGGGGCCGGGCGGAGCCCCGGCAGCACCACCCGCAACCCCGGCUGCCCGGCGCGGAGGACAAAGUGCCCGCGAUCAGACCACGGCGGAGGUCGAGCUGCGUGUCCCUGGGGGAAGCUUCGGGCAGCUACUACGGCAGCAGCAAGAUGUUCAGGAGACCCUCGUUGCCUUGCAUCUCCAGAGAGCAGAUGAUUCUUUGGGACUGGGAUUUGAAGCAAUGGUACAAGCCCUACUAUCAGAAUGCUGGCAGUGGAACUGGAGCUGAUCUUUCUGUACUAAAUGAGGCUCGGAGCAUGCUAACAGACCUCCUGACUGACCCAUCCCUUCCACCGCAAGUGAUUUCUUCCCUUCGAAGCAUUAAUAGUUUGAUUGGUGCUUUCUCAGGCACAUGCAGGCCAAAGGCUAAUCCAUUCACACCGUUUCCCGGUUUCUUCCCCUGUCCUGAAGUAGAUGAUCCUGUUGAAAAAGGAGAACGAAAGCCACUCAAGGGAUUAAUUAGCAGGAAUAGCCUGCCAAUGCCACAGCUGAGACGAUCUUCAGGAGUUUCUGGUAUUCCACCUAUAGAGUCACAGUCUUCUAAAUGGGAACGGAGUAACAGUAAGAGAUCUCAUCAGGACUAUAAUGUGUCAAGCCAAGGAUCUCAUUCAAAUGGGUCUUUUGGUGCAAACUUGCUGACGAUACCAAAACAAAGAUCAUCAUCUUUGACAUUGCCUCACCAUAUAGGUCCCAGACGAGCAGGUGCUUCUCCCAGUCUGAGUCCCUUGGGUUCACCUACUCAUGGAUCUGUCUCCAGUGGCAGCUGGUCACCUGUCGAAUUUCCUGAUACUGCUGAUUUUCUUACAAAACCAAGCAUUAACAUCAAUAAGCCUCCGGCACACACAUAUACUUCUGCAGAUUAUCAGCAGCAAGUUAAAACACCCGUGGGUUAUGUGUGUAGCAGCUGUGGACGUCAGAUAUUCAAGCCUGUUUCAUCACUAGAGGAAGAAUUUGCGGAAUAUAAAGACAAAAAAUCAGGUGAAGUUGGAAGCGCUGGUCUCUCAAAAGAGUCUUACCACUGUACAGAGGAGACAAAAGACGAAAAGAAAGAAAUAAUUACUCAAACACAAAAUAAUUCACCUAUGGUGCAGAGUCCUAAACUGGAAACUAUGAUAACAGAACAUGAUUCCCUGAUGGAGAAAAUGAACAAUUGGAAUUUCCAAAUUUUUGACCUUGUGCAAGAAAUGGGAGACCAGUCUGGAAGGAUCCUUAGCCGGGUAACUUACACCUUGUUUGAAGACACUGGUUUGUUUGAGAUUUUCAAAAUCCCAAUUAAAGAAUUCAUGAAUUAUUUCUGUGCACUGGAAAAUGGCUACCGAGAUAUUCCCUAUCACAAUCGUAUACAUGCCACAGAUGUUCUUCAUGCAGUGUGGUAUCUGACCACACGGCCCAUUCCUGGAUUUCAGCAAAUUCAUAAUGAGCAUGUACUGGCUGCUGAUAUGGAUGAAGCUGGUGGCGGUGUUCCUGAUCAAGUCAGCUAUAUUUCUUCAAAAAGCUGUUCUGUGACUGAUGACAGUUACGGGUGCCUGGCAUCAAACAUUCCUGCCUUGGAAUUGAUGGCUUUAUAUGUGGCAGCUGCCAUGCACGAUUACGAUCAUCCUGGUCGUACAAAUGCUUUUUUAGUAGCUACAAAUGCACCACAGGCUGUUCUUUACAAUGACAGAUCAGUCUUAGAAAAUCACCAUGCUGCUUCUGCCUGGAAUCUUUUCUUAUCACGACCAGAAUACAACUUUUUAUCAAAUCUUGAUCACGUAGAGUUCAAGCGUUUUCGUUUCUUAGUGAUUGAAGCAAUCCUUGCCACAGAUCUCAAGAAGCAUUUUGAUUUCCUUGCAGAAUUUAAUUCCAAGGUCAAUGAUAUCGACAGUCAUGGUAUAGAAUGGAGCAAUGAAAAUGAUCGCCUGCUUGUCUGUCAAAUAUGCAUCAAACUGGCAGAUAUCAAUGGCCCAGCAAAAGUUAGAGAGCUGCAUCUGAAAUGGACAGAAGGCAUUGUUAAUGAAUUUUACGAACAGGGUGAUGAAGAGGCAAGUCUUGGAUUACCUAUAAGUCCUUUCAUGGAUCGUUCUUCUCCACAGCUUGCAAAACUGCAAGAAUCUUUCAUCACUCACAUAGUUGGUCCUCUCUGUAAUUCCUAUAAUGCAGCAGGGCUGCUUCCAGGGCAGUGGGUUGAUGAAGAGGAGGAUGCAGAAAGUAAUGAAGAUGAUGAUGGAGCUCAGUUGGAGAGUGAUGAUGAAGAAAUAGAAAAUGAACCCAUUUUAAAAGCUCAAAGAAAAAAAGGUAGAAGAAUAUUUUGUCAGCUAAUACACCAUCUCAGUGAAAAUCACAAAAUAUGGAAGAAAGCAAUUGAAGAAGAAGAGAAAGCAGAGGAAGCUAAACUGCUCACAGAGAUCUCAUCUUUACCUCAAGCAGAUGAAAUUCAGGUUAUUGAGGAAGCUGAUGAAGAAGAUGAGCGGCAGCUAGGAGAAGAAAAGACAUGCUGAGUAAACUCCAGUUGUGUUCAGUACGAUGAUAGGAAGUCCUAUUUUUUUUCACUGUGCAGACUUUAGCCUGAUGCAUUUCACUUAAAAUUGAAAGGCCUUAAUACUGUGAGAGGAUUCUUUCUGCUUCAGUGGAAUCCCACUCCUAUGCACUUUCACCACACAGAAUACAAAACUUUAUUCUAAAAUUAAGUAUUGUAUACCCAGAUGCAAAGUUCUUUAUGCCUUAGUUGGUAUAACAUAUCCUGAUACAAUGCUGCCUUGCUAAAUAUGGAACUCUUAUUUUCCUAAAGGUACCUACAAUUUUUAGAUACAUUCAUUGACUUCAGUUACCAAAGUGGCAAAAACUUUUUGCUAACAAGGAUGUUUGAUGAAUUCUAAUAUUGUCUUCAGUUGUGUAUUUCAUGUUGUUUUUGAACAUGAAUAAGAAAAAUCUGUGCCUAUGUGAAAACCAUAUUCCUGUUGCAGUGCAAGCCUGUUGUGGGGUGCCUACUUUAUUGCAAUCGUGUGCUUAACGUAGUCAUCUCAGAGCAACUGUUCAAGGACUGUGACAGAAAUGCUAAAUUUUGAUACUUGUGGUUUAAAGAAAAAAAAAAAAAGGGAAAAAAAAAUUCAGGUGCAUCAAUUUAUGAUGCUUUUUAUUCUUGUGCAUAAUCUGAUGGUUUGGGUUUUUUUAUUUUGCAGAAAAUAUUCAGGUUUGCAGUGGGUGUUCAUUGAAUAUGAGGCCAUUCUCAUCUGUUGUCUUGUUGUUUUGUGGUAAAACAUUAAAAAUAUGUUCAGCUACUUAAAUUAUUAAGGGAUUUUAUUCUUCUAGUGAUAAUGCUCUAUUUCCUGCCCUUACUCAGGUUCCUGUUUAAAAAAAACAACAAGUCAACGACACAAUAGAUUUUAUCUUGCACCAAUUUCUGGUAUUAAAUUGUAAAGAAAUAAGAUGAUAUUUCAUUUAUUCUUUGUAUGUAAAACUUUAGGAGAAUUAAAGAUUUUCUUUUUUUAACAAAAGAUAGAAAUUACUGUUUCAAAGUGGCUAGUGUAUUUUAAUGUGCCUUACCUCUUUUCUUCCAUCACAGACAUAGCUUAUGUUGCCUACAAGUUUGAUCUGUGUCCAGAAAUAUACAUAUGGAAAGCAGAAUGUGAAAGCUUCGGGUAAAGGCUCAGAGUAAGAUCGACAUCAAUGUAUAUAGUAGAUUUUAGAUCAUUUAGUAAUAAAGUAAGAAGCUUAAUCCACAGACCACAUGAAUAUAUAGUAUAGGAUCACUGCAAUUGUAGUGCUAGUGGCAAAAAUAAAAAUGCAUAAAUUAAACUGCAAGUAAAUAAUCACCUUAUGCAAGCCACAGGGAAAGCUAGUUUUAAAAUGCACUUUUUAAUAGUGUGCAUUUAUAUGCUGUGCAGAUGAAUGGCAUUAAAAGAAUGCCCAUGUUGCUAAUGUAUGUUAGCAUGUUUUUGUUUACAUUUAUGUUACUUAGCUUGAAAAAGAUGUAACAUUUCUAAGGUAAUCUUGUCUAAAUUAUUUUGUGCAUGUUUCACGCAGUCUAAUAUCUAUUCUGCUCUUUGACCAGUUCAAAUAACUGUGAAGGAUUUCCCCACCCUUCCCCCCUUCUACUAAUCAACUGUUUCUGGAUUCACUUUCAAAGACUACUGAGGUGUGCUUUUUUUUUUUUUUUUUUUUACCCUAUCAAUGCCAAAUUCCCCUUUGCUGUCAUAAUUAAUAUCAGUUUUAUAUUUUAAUUUUACUUAUUUUAUUCCUUUUUCUUUUAUUUGUUUUUUGUAACAUGUGAGCAGUGUUAAAACCAGAUAUUUCUGUCAUCAAUAAAAUAUGGCACUACUGAAGCUGGAAAUUACUGAUCACUCGCAUGUAUCUGAUGUUUGCUGUUCAUAUAUUUCCCUAACAAAUAAUUUGAAGAUCCCAUAAAUUAUGCUUGUUCCAAUAUACUGCUUUCUUAGCAUUUUGUGUUUAGUCUGUGUACUUCUAUGUUAAAAAAGGCACUUUAAUACUACUUCGUUUAAUUCUUGCAUUACUGAUGAAAGGAUACAGAUGUGCUUGUCUAAAGUUACUCUUAGUCUUUUGCAUGACAAGUUAGCUAUCUUUUAAAAAGAGUGUCAUUAAAAAUAUUAUGAAGAGAAAAUAAGAAGGCAAAAAUAGCAUUUUAUCUUUUACUAAAGCAUUGACAGCAGUUAUAUCUGGUGACAACAUUGCCAAAACUUUUCUUAUUCCACUUUUGUCCUAUAUUCUUUAGAAAUACUGAAGUAAUUUUUAAGUUCAGAAAAAGGAGAGAAGCCUCAGUGUUUAUGAAUGUACACUUCUAAUAUAGACUUCCAAUUAGAUAUUUUCAAAUUACAAUAGCUUGCUUUGAUGCUUAGUUUUGUGAAUGUGUUCAAAAGCAUCUUAGAACAUCUGUUUUUUAUGCAUACAUAAUAUGUGACUUACUGUUUCCCUAGGAGUUAAUGUCAUCAAAUUUUGCUUCAGGGCAUGUUUGCAGCAGUGGAGGUAACUUUAACUGAAGUGCUCUAAUCUUUCAAAAGUAUUGAUGGGGAGUUAUUUGAAUGUUGUUUGAGCUGUUCUCAACAACACCUAUCCUUAUAAAGCAGGGUACACUCAUUAUGGUGGCAGGCUACUGGGAAGUUGCAACUAAUUUUGAUCCGUGAUCACACUUCUAUUCCAUAUCUACCAGGGUACACUAAGGAGCACAGAGAAGCACACAGAACACCUUUUAAAUGUUUUCUUAAGCAACACUUGUUUCUUGUUUGAUCAAGAAGCACGCUAAAUUAGCUUACACUGAACUUUAUUGUUACAGUAGAUAUCCUGAUAAUGUUUUCAGUUUUAAGUAAAACCUUCGCAGCACCUUUCCAGUCAAAACAGUCUACCACAUCCUCAUUGCCCUCGUCUACAGCAUAGGUUGGAUUAUUUGCUCCAAUGCAUACAGUACACACAGAACUAUACUAUGAAGUUAGUUUCCAGUAAGGAGCCAAUUCUCUCUACAUCUCUGGAGACCUCUGAAUGUUAUGGUGGUACUAAACAGUAAAAAAAAACUCCUUGCUUCCUCUUCCUGUGAGUUAUUCCUUCACAGCAAAGUCAGAUGGUGAGCUGAAGACUCAAGAUGGAAGGACUGGUGUAACAUUACUUCAGGAUACUGAAUAAUGGAUGUUUAAUGCACCUAAGGGAUUGACACAGUUCUACAUGAUACAGCAGACACCCUUUAAAAAGUGUACUGCACAAAUGUUUUUGACUUGGAAGGGCUUCUUCUGGGAUCUGUGAGUCAUCUUUUGGUUUCUGCACUGCAAGAGAUCACAGAUGUUAGCAACUAAUGUCCAUGGUGAUGAUUCACUUCUGACUCAUUGCUACAGAUCAGCAAACCCUCUGCACCUUGGAUGAGAUCAAAGUUUUUCCAUUUUACUUGUGUAUAAAACAAAGACUAAUGCUUGGCUUAAAAGCUAUUAUACAAGAAGUCCAAAGGCUUGAUAUUGCUUAUUGGAAGUACCAGCUUCCUCUCAGUCAGAGAAGUGAAUGAAGAAACAUUUGAGAAUGAAUUCGUAAUCAUUUUGUUCUAUUCAGUGUUACUUGAGAGAGAAACAGUAUGGCUUUAUGUAACGUAAAAGACAUUGGGAAGUGAUUUGAAGAUGCCUUCAAGGAACUUUGAAGUUCAGUUUUACUGGUCCCAUGAAGAGCAGUUAAGUGAUCUUCCUAACCUACAUAGACAGAAGAAAGCUCAUAGCUCAAAGUCAGCGCACAUUAUGCCAUCUUGUGCAAUACUGUAGUGCUGCCUGCACUGUGGAUGCAGACUCAUCUUCCCACUUGGAGAACAUAGAAGUUUCUUUUGCAAGGAAAACUAGUCAGCAGAAUCAGCAGAGCUGAAAGAAAUAGAAGGCAAGUGACUUCUUGGCAGCAGCUUGGACCAUUUCACUCCACCUGACAGUCUAGACUCCUUUCUUCAUCGUCUUUCUGCACAAAUGAGGUAUGGCUGUGGUUGUAAUGUCAUGCCUAAUCUUGGUUUGAGAUCUGGAAUCCCGCCAUGAGGAAAACACAGGUGAAAUCGCUGUAGCAAUGAAGUGAAAAACAAAAACAGUUCCAUUCGAGCGAGCUGUUCUCCAAGGCAAUGUCUUCUUCCU